AAAAUUUUCUUCAAAAUGGCUAGUAACAAGCAGCUGGAAGACAAGCGUGCAGGUGCAGAGAUUGUUUACGGCCCCGAAGAUUGCUACCGCCACUCCAUAGACCUCCUGGAAGAGCUAGGGUUUCCCAAAGGUGUCCUGCCCCUGCAGGACCUUGUGGAGUGUGGGAGGGUGAGAGAAACUGGGUUUGUGUGGAUGAAGCAAAAGCAGCCAUAUGAGCACUUCUUUGUUGGGUCCAAUACACGUGUCAGCUAUGCCACUGAGGUGACUGGUUAUGUGGAGAAGUUGAAGAUGAAGAAGAUGACUGGGAUUAAGAGCAAGCAGGUUUUUCUUUGGGUCCCAAUU